AUGUGUAGGAUAUGGUGGUCAUGGAAAGGAAACGAUCCAAGUCCUGAGGUUGUCGCUUUUAUGAAUAAAAAUUAUCCACCUGAUUGGACAUAUGCAGAUUUUGCUGCUCAAUUUCAUGCAGAACUUUACAGUGAUCUUGCGAAUGCUAUACGUAAUCGAACUAAUCUUGUGUUCGAUCUAUAUCAUUCCAUGUUUGAAUGGUUUCAUCCAUUAUUCCUUGAAGACAAACAGAAUGGUUUCAAGACACGAUUGUUUCCUGAUGUAUGA